UUGGCAGCGGAGCAUAGGAUUGCUUACACCAUCUUCUCUACAAAGAUAAACAGCGCCGGAGCUGAAAAUUCCACUCCUGCCACACGCACUGUCCCCCCCACGGAAUCCAAGCACGAUCCCAAGUGCGAGCCACGCCCCCGGGGGCGGGGCUUGGGAGCGGCGCACGCUGUCAUUGGUGGGUUUUGAAGGCACCCGGAGCGGGAACAGCGACUGCGACGAGAGAUCGCGGCUGGAAAUGUGGGACGGCUUUUGCACAGUUGGUGUGCCCUGUGGAUCCUGCUCACGCCCUUCGCACUGUCUGGGUCUGUUGAAGUGCCGCCGGGAUGGAGGAGACGGUUGCCGAGCUCAUCCGGAGGACCAUCUUGAGAGUCCCCGUGUCUGCGGUGAUGAACGUCCUCAAAGCCUGGGACUUCCUCUCUGAAGAUGAACUGCAGGCGUUGAACCCGCGGCAGAGGAAGGAGUCUAUCGCCCAGAGCGUGGUUCUGCAGUGUGAGGAGAAGCGUGCCAGUCUCAACGAUGCGGCCAUGUUAGACAUCGUUUGUACUCAAGUCCUGCAGCACCAGAAAAUCUGGGAUGUUUAUCAGAUGAGUAAAGAACCAGGUGAAGACCUUGAUCUUUUUGACAUAGAACAGUUCAAAAGUUCAUUUAAGAAAAUUCUUCAGAGAGCAUUAAAAAACGUGACGGUCAGCUUCAAAGAUGCUGAGGAGAACGCAGUCUGGAUUCGAAUUGCCUGGGGCACACAGUAUACCAAGCCAAACCAGUACAAACCUACGUACGUGGUGUACUACUCCCAGACCCCCUAUGCCUUCACCUCUCCCUCCAAGCUGAAGAGCACUCUCCCCCUGCUGGCUCAGGCGCUGACGAUUGCCAGCAAAAACCACAAGAUUGUGAAAAUGGACCUGAGGAGCAGAUACCUGGACUCUCUGAAAGCGAUUGUUUUCAAGCAGUACAAUCAGAACUUUGAAAUCCACAAUUCUACAACAUCUCUACAGGAAAGGAGCCUCGGGCUAGAUAUAAACAAUUCAAGGAUCAUUCAUGAAAAUGCAGUAGAAAAAUACAAAGUGCAGAAAAUAACUCAAGAAACUUUUGGAGAGUAUCCUCAACCACAGCUAGAAUUUGCACAAUAUAAGCUUGAAACAAAGUUCAGAAGUGACGUAAAUGGGGGGAUCCUGGCUGAGAGGGAGGAACCACUGCGGUGUCUCAUCCGGUUCUCCAGCCCACACCUCUUGGAAGCACUGAGAUCCUUAGCACCGGCCGGAAUUGCAGAUGCACCGCUUUCUCCUUUGCUAACUUGCAUACCCAACAAGGGAAUGAAUUAUUUUAGAAUUAGAGAUAAGUAAGAUAUGUGAGGUUUUUGUAAGUCCAGCAGUUCUUUGACUACAAGUGUUGCUUUCGUAUCAGUCAAUGCCUAGGUGGAUGGCUUCUUUCUACAAUAGAGUAACUCUUAAAUUGAAAAUUUAGCCAUGUUUAAAUACUGUUCGGGGCUGAUUCUUUCCUCCCCCACAUCCUGCCAUGGA